AUGCGUGGUUGCAGCACCAGGAUCUUGAUAUCGCUACGACAACAGACGUUCCGAGACGAGGCACAACCGCCGACCCGACGAAUACAAGCACGAGACCCGGGCGCAAUCGCUCUAGACGCCGGAUCUGCGAGGACACAAACGACUCAUCGGCCGAUUGCGCAAUAUUAUACCCAGGCGUCUGGAUCUGAUAUCCUCACCGCGGCGCCCCUCCUCCCACCUUCUGGCUCCGGAAUUGCUUUCUUUCAGCGAUCAAAACUCUCGCAGGAGCAGCUCGCCGAGCUCCAAAAGUCAACUCACUUUGAUAAGAAGGAGCUUCAGCAAUGGUACAAGGGUUUCCUGAAGGACUGCCCGUCGGGCAUGCUCUCCAAAGAGGAGUUUCAAAAGAUCUACCGGCAGUUCUUCCCGUUCGGGGACCCGAGUUCGUUUGCAGAUUACGUAUUCAAUGUAUUCGAUAGCGACAAGUCGGGUAGUAUCGACUUUAAGGAAUUCAUCUGUGCCUUGAGUGUUACCAGCAGGGGUAAGAUGGAGGACAAACUGGAUUGGGCGUUCCAGCUGUACGACAUUGACGGCGACGGCAAAAUAAGUUAUGACGAGAUGCUUCAGAUUGUAGAGGCAAUUUACAAGAUGGUCGGCUCCAUGGUCAAACUCCCCGAAGACGAAGAUACGCCCGAGAAGCGAGUACGGAAAAUUUUCCGCAUGAUGGACAAGGAUGAGAACGGCAGUCUGGAUAUGGAAGAGUUCAAAGAGGGAAGCAAACGGGAUGAGACGAUUGUUUCGGCGUUGUCUUUAUACGACGGGCUUGUGUAA